AUGCUUGAUACUCAUGUCGGCAACAGGGCGAACAGAAGGCCGGCGAGGAACAUUCGAGGCCCACGCUCUGCCUUGACUGAUUUCCUCGCGUCAAACAACAUUUCGGCGGCACAGAUUCGCGAUGAUUAUGAUCGUUGGGUGUCACAAGCGCAGAAUCAGGCUGUUGAGGAAGAAUCUGCGAAUUUAGUUGAACAUGAGGAGCCUGAGCCCGAGCCCGAGCCCGAGCCCGAAUCCCCAGAAGAUAAGACUAAGAAGCGCAAGCGACAGCAAGCCAUCGAGAAAAUCAAGAAAUCCAAGGAAUUCUCUCGUCGCAAGGCUCGGUGUACCGGAGAGCCCGACGAUGACGACGAUAUAAUCGCCAACGAGAUCAUGAAUGAGAAGCAGCGCCCAAAUCCCGGCCAGCUGGAAAAUUGCGAGCUCUGCGGCAAGCGUUUCACAGUCACUGCCUACAGCAAGGCCGGCCCGAACGGAGGCUUGCUCUGUGCCGACUGCUCUAAAAAGCAUACCGACGGGGGGAAGAAGGCCCCGGCCAAGAAGCGCAACUCGGGAAUUGGGCGACGCCAAAAGCAAAGCAAUCUUUUGGAUGGAUUGGCGCCACACGGUGCACAGAGUCUGUUGGAGAUGUGCAUCAAAAAAGUCGCUGAUCACAUCGGGGAUGUCGAAGAAUUCGGCGACUUGCCCCCAUCGUUGCUGCACCGUCUGGGUCAAAUUUUGUCCAAAAGACGAGCGGUGAACCCACAGACUUUGGAUCUUUUCCUUGGGGCGCAAUAUCAAUCAAUUGAUCUUUACGACUGUGCCAGGCUUGACACCGAUGAUUAUAACAAAAUCCUUGCUUCCAUGCCGGCAUUGUCCCGAUUGAACUUGCGAUUUGUCACUCCCUGGAAGGACUCAGUCUUCCAGUAUAUGAUCGACCGCGACAUGAACAUCACGGACCUGCAUCUGGAUUCGCCAAAUCUAGUUACUGAUGCCUGCUGGCGUGAACUAUUCAUGAGACUCGGCUCCCGGCUUCAGAGCUUGAAGCUCUGGAAUUUAGAUUCUGCCUUCGAUGAUGAAACCGCCGAGGUGAUGUGCAAGCAUUGUACUGGGCUUCGGCGACUGAAGCUCAAGUACCUCUGGAAAAUUGGCAAUAAAGCACUCGAAGGAAUUUCGUCCAUGACAUCUUUAGAGCACUUGUCGCUGCAUCUCAUGCAAGACACAGAUACUGAACCACUUCUUCAAAUCAUUACUGAACUUGGUCCCAAACUACGAUCCCUGUCUUUGGAAGAAUUUGAGUUCGCCGACGACAGGCUUCUUCAGCAUAUCCAUGACCACUGCCACAAUUUGUCGAAACUACGGCUGACACAAAAUGCGGUUUAUACUGAUAAGGCUCUUGCCAAUCUUUUCCGGGGUUGGUCCAACCAAGCCUUGACGUAUGUGGAUAUUCAUGCUGUCCGAGACGUGGACAUGUCGAAUCCCGCUGGUCCCCCGGAGCCCGUUGGGCUUGCAUCAGACGCGUUCAUUGCCUUGAUGGAACAUUCGGGCUUGAAGAUCAAAACUUUGAACAUCCAAUCAUGCCGUCAUGUCUCCUAUGCUGCGUUGGAGGAGGUGUUCGCGGAGCAAAAGCGAUACCCGGAACUCCAGUAUCUGGACCUCUCAUUCGUCGGUGCUGUGGACGACUACUUGGCGCAGUGCAUUUUCCGAUGCUGUCCGGCACUUGCGAGACUGGUUGUCUUUGGUUGCUUCAAAAUUCGGGACAUCUGUGUGCCCAAGGGAGUGGCAGUUAUCGGCACGGUAAGCGCGAAGGUCACCGUUGACGGAAUCGUUCAGCAAGAGACUGUUUGA